AUGACCGAUAAGAAGGAAUCGAUGGAUCCAUUUCGUUCAGAAACUAUUACUGAAAUAAAAUCCUCUGACGAUAAUCAAUUGUCAUCAUAUCAACAGCUUAUGACUCGAUUAGAACAGUUCAAAAAUUUGUCAAUAUCAACAACUGAAUCUAAAAAACAAGUAUGGCUGAAAUUUCUUUCUGUUUGGGGUGAAGUUCUUUCAAUUUCUGCCUCCGAUAGUCCAUCGUGUUAUGCUGAAUGUGGUUCUCUUCUAGAAAUUAUGAUAAAAUCAAUUGAUUUUUAUACCAUAAGAAAAGAUGAUCAUAUUGCCAGAGAAACAUUUUUUUGGUGCAUCAAUCAGCUCAAUCAAACUCACAUAAAGAAUUAUCUUUUACUAACUAAAGAUGAACAAGAAUCAGAAGAAAAUAAAUUGUACUAUAAGCAUGUUAGUUAUAUUCUGUUGUUUGUUGUGCAAGCAGAGUCAUUUUUUACAUUCGAUUCCAUUCAAGAUCAGCAACACAUUGAGGAAUAUUGUGAACUGCUUACACUUUUUAUUGAUCGUAUUGAUAAACGAAUGCCAGAACAUGCAUCAACAGUAAUAGAAAAAGAUUAUAAAAUCGGAGAUAUUAAUGAGGUUAUUUUAACUGUCAUAUGGAGUUUAUCAGAUCGAACAGUUCUUAUUCCUAUGUUAUUGAAAUGUGAUCUUGCUAAACGAGCUAUUGGCUGGCUCGCUCAAGCAUCUAUGUUGGCAGAAAAAAGUCGUCGAUCAUUGAUUAGUAUUAUUCAUAAUAUUGCUCGACAUGAUGAUGGUGCCGAUGAACUUAACAAAUACGAUGCAGUUAUUAUCAUUAAAAGAUAUCAAAAUUCGAAAAUAGAAACAUCAGAUUCUCGAAUUCUUGUUAUUACAAUGGCUUUAGCACUUGUGUCUACACCUGAACAAUUGAAACGUGACAAAAAAGGAAUGAACAGUGUAUUCAAUCAAUUAUUACAAUUAAUAAUGGAUGCAAGUAAAACUGAUCGAUAUCGAAGUGAUGGUUUGCAUGUUAGUGAACCAUUAUGUAUAUUAGUAAAAAUGUUUGUUGUUGAAGAACGUUCACUAGACUAUAUACUUUAUCAUGCUGAAACUGAACCACCAUCUGAUAUAAGUUCAACAAUUGAUUUAUUUGUUACAAUAUUUAUCGAUUUUUCUCAUGCAUUAAAAAGUACUGAUCGACUUGAACAAUUUACAUUAAUUGCUGUUUUAAAUAUUUUAUGGAGUAUUUCAUUUCAAUAUAAUUAUCAACAAGAAUUAAUUAAAAAUGAAAAAUUUCUUGAUAAAUUAAGAAUAUUUAUAGAAAAUAAUGAUUUAGAAAAUAUGAUUGAACAAUAUAAACCAAGAUCAAUGGAAGGAAUUCAUCAAGCAACUCAAGGAAUUUUACAUAAUCUUAAUUUAAAUGAUAAUGAAAUAACAGGUAAUAAUAACAUUUCAAAACAUCAAAAUUUGUCUGUCAAUGCACUUCCAGUAAAUACAAUGAAAAAGUUAAAUUCCAAACCAUGGAUUAUGAUUAGUUAUUGUCAUGAUAAUAAUGAAUUUUGUAGUGAAAUAUAUGAUUUGCUAUCUACGUGUAAGGAUGAUUUUAGUAUUUGGAUUGAUCGAACUCAUUGUCAAGGAGCAGGAGAUUUAUGGGAAUCAAUUGCAAAUGGAAUGGAACAAUCAAAUGUUAUUCUAUGUCUUCUUUCAGAACAAUAUUUUCAAAGUAAAUCGUGUCGUCAAGAAUUUAUUUAUGCUGUCGAUUCAUUGAAGAGAACUAUUGUACCUGUUUUAAUUGGAAAUUUCGAUCCGAAAGGAUGGCUUGGUAUUCGUAUGACUGGUAUGAAAUAUAUUCGUUUUCGAGAUAUUGAUCAAUUAGAGAAAAAUAAAAAAACUGAAUUGUUGAAUACAAUUCGUCUAUCUGUAUCAUCUUCUAAAACGACGACCCAACAAAAUGCUGUACCAUCACAACAUCAUAGUGUACCAUUGGUUGUUAAUAAUGGAGCAACUUCAAAUUCUUCAUCUCAACCUUUAUUAGAUGACGAUACAUCAAAUGGUAAUGAUGUUAACUCAUGGUUCUUAUCUCAUCGAAUUUCUCCGGAAAUUCGUAAAUUAUUUAAUUUUGAAACACGUGAAGAAAUGUUCGAUUAUGCUCAAUUAUUAAUCAAAGAUCGUGAGAAACAAAUGAAUAUUUAUGCAAAAAUCUAUUCGCAACGAAAUCAUGGAAAUGAAAUGCCUCCACACGAAUUUCUUCGAUUUGCCAAUGCUUUAGAAAAACAACUAAACGAUAAUACUCUAUCUACUACUUCUACCGUAUUAGAUUCAUCCAAAUCAACUCGAUCUACUACAUGUACUAUUUCAUAA